GUUAAUCCUUCCUGUGGUAAUGGAAAGUAUAAUUCUUUAAUUGAAUAGGGAGCUGAAGUUUUGAAGCGGAUACCAAAAUUUCAACAUGUUCUUGAACAUUUUCAAUUGUAAGCUUUUGGUUUUCCAUCCCAUUUUCUCACCCCCAUAAAUUGUACGCGACUUCCCCCCCCCCCAGAAACCAUUGCAGCAAUUUGUCAAAUACGUAUAUCGAUCGAGAUGAUUCAUCUCUUGUUCAUGCUCGUUUCGGCCGAAAUGGCACUUGUUUUGGUGCUUCUCUUCACUUCUCCUCUAAGGAAACUGGUGAUCAAGAUUCUAGACAAGAUGAAAGAAGGCAAAGGCCCUGUGGUUUCAAAGACUGUUCUAGGAACAUUGUUUGUUGUUUUCAUCUCAAUCACUUACAAUGUGGUAGAGAUCCAGAAACGAUCAUUCGAAAGCGGUCUUCUUAAUCCAACCGACGAGGUCCUAAUGGCAAAUCGAAUCUUGGAAGCAUCUCUAAUGGGGUUUGCUAUAUUCCUUGCACUGGUUACAUAUAGACUGCAUCACUACAUGAAAGAGCUUGAAACAAAGAGGAGGAAGGAGGCUGCAGAAGAAAUGAAACCAAUGCCUCAUCUAAAGCUUGCUGAUCAUGAAGAAUACCCAAAGAAGGCAAUAUCUUCAACAUGAACAAUUGGUGUUAGAAUUUAGGAAGUGAAAUGUCAUGUAUAAGACAAGGUCAUAUGCUUUAAUAAGAUAAAAAAUAUAAAAAGAAUGUUAACUUCUGC